UCUGCCUCGGGCCACGGACCUCGUUCCGCAGGCUCAUGCCGCGUCGGCGAAGAUGGUGGCCAUGCUGGCCAGCACGUCGACCCAGACGUCGGGGUCGAAGUCCCUGUCUGCCUCCGCCACCCACGCUGUGUCACAGCGCUGCUUUUGCUCCAUCUCUUUCUCUUCGUUGAGUGCUCUUCGUCUGGUCUGAUCUCGGGGUCUCGAAGGAUCUUGGAUCAUGGAGGCCGCGUACUACUUGUUCCGCAGCGGGAGGCCGGAGGCGGCCACCGCGUGCGAGGAGCAGGAGGAGGACAUCGGCUCGCCGUCGGAGUCCUCCGAGUCGUCGUCGCCGUCCACGUCCGGGGAGUCUUCCGAGCUCGACGACGACGCGAGCUCCUCCUCCUCCACCACCGGCUCUGACCGCUUUGAGAUGUCCGGCCACAUGACGGAGCUCCCCUUCAAGAGGGGCCUGUCCAGGUUCUUCGACGGCAAGUCCCAGUCCUUUGCCUCGCUCGCCGCCGUGGGUCUCCUCUUCAUGCUAUUCCUGUACGCGUACCACGUCAGGAAGAAGAGGCGCCAGCGGAGGGAGCAGGACCCAGCGCCGCCGAUGCAGCAGAAGAGCGCCGGAGGACGACGAAGCCCGCGAGCGGAGUCCAGCGUGGAAGCGUGACAUGGUACGCCACGG